CAAAAUAGUUCCUAUUGGAACUCAGUCGAUUUUGGCCAACACAAAUGCGUAACUCAACGAUUUUGUCCCCCACGAUCUCUAUCCUCAUCCUCACCCUCAGUGGCAAACUUUUGGUCCUUUGGGGUCUAAAUAUCAAAUCUUUUUAAUCCAACAAAAGUCCCUUUUCUUUCAUGUUGUAAGUGAUGAGGAGAAUCUGAUGUAGACAUGCCUGAUAUGGAUGCGGAUUUAGUCUGAAUUCCAGCAGAUCCUUCAAGGUAAAACUUAAAGCCCUAACCUCGAUAUCGAACAAACAUGUACAGCUCUUACAGUAUUAGUUCAAGUGUCUUGUCACUUAGGAGUAAUGGGUCUCUUUCAUUUUCAUUCAACGAUUGUUCUUCCAACGUUUUCAAUUCAUCACUUGACAAAACCCCUUUAUCAUCAUCACCAUGUUCUUCGUGUUGCUCAUCUUGUGCUUGUUGCUGUGCCACAUUUGCCUGUGCCACCCCUAGGCUGCCUAUUACCCCUUGCUUUUUAUAUGGACUAAGGCAAUCUGCCCUUGUUCAUUGCUCGCCUUCUAGGCGGCUCAUUUUACCUGCUGGGCACCGCUGCCUUUUGCGGUUUCCAACAUGUGACCUUGAUCGAGCUCCUUUUGAGGUUUCUACUGCUAGUAUGCUUACUAGGAAAACUAAGGGGAGGUUUAGAUGUGUGCCUUCGGAGGAAAGUGCUGCUAGGUGUUUGUUAGGUGGAGUAGAUGCCGCUGAGGCCAUGAUCAGCUUAUUGAGUGAGGAAGUGAAUGGGGAGUGUUUAGGUACAGCAGAAAGAAAUAGGAGCUCAUAUAAGAUAGUGAAAGUGAGCAAGGAAAACGAUUAUGAUAGUAAGUGCGAUAGCCUGAAGAAGAAAAUUAAACAAGUGGACAAGCUAGCAAGUUAUGGGAAUGAAUGCAGCAAUGGACCAAAGCAAAGAAAGAAGUUGGAGGAGAGAGGGGGCCAUGCCAAUGAAUGUUAUAGGCAGAAGACUAAAAUUGUUGGGUCAAGUUUGUUGGAGAGUGAUUGGAAGGAUGAAUAUGAGUCCACUGCUAUUGAGUCAAGGGAAGAGAGUAGAAGGAAGGCAGAGAGCAAGUCAUCCUUGACAGCCGAGAAUCUCAGGGGAAGGACAAAGAGUUCUAGUUGUUCAUCAUAUUACUCAUUGUCAUCUUCAGGGGACUUAGAGAGUGAUACCGAACUCCCCGAAGCCGAGCAAUUCAUGGAAGAAUCAUUCAGUGGGCAUGUGACAGAAUCAAUAGGAGAUGAGAUUAGCAGAAGUGAGGGACAAGUGACAACAGGCUUGAAGAGGGAUAAUGGAGGGGGGAAUAGUGUUGAUUGGGAUUUGAGAAAAAAGUCAGAGAAGAAGCUGGCUGAAGUAUCUGCUGAAGAAAUACAAUCUGGGGGAAAAUCCUCACAUGAAUAUGCAAGAAGGGUGAAGAAUGAUGAAAGUGACUAUGCGAAAAGAUCUAAUUUCCAUGACCAACUUGAUGUCAAGGACUGGCAAAUAAGAAAGGGGCAUACUCAUAUUAGGCAGUCUGAAUCUAGAAGGAAAAACCAGGACAUUAGAGAAAUAUCAAAGAUCCAUGUUAGUGAUGUUGACAAAACUUCUCAAGAGAAGCACUUCACGGGUGGAGAAGCAAAUGUGGAAGUGUCAGAAAUCCGAGACAGUGCUGAAAGAAUUUCUACUUUGCAGCAGCAGUCUGAAUCUAGAAUGAAGAUUGAGGAAGAAGAUAGGGAUCCAGUUCAGAGUUGGUCAGGAUCUAGAAUGAAGAUAUGGGAAGAAGAUACAACCAUGGCUCAGAGUUCUUUUCAGCAGACAAGAAAGCAACAGCAGCAAAGGGGUGAAAGGAUCACUGGACAAUUGGAAAUGAGAAGAAAAUCAAGUGAAAUUAAUGAGGCCAAGAACAAGAAAACCUCAAUAUCGCAGUCUGAAACACAAAAGAAGAAACAGGAUGAUACUUCAAGUUUAAAUUUCACUUCUAAUCCAGAAACAAAGAAGCAAAGCUUUCCAAAAGAUAAAACACUACCUCAAAGAAUUGAGCCUGGCCAAGGAAUGCAAGCUAUUACAAAUAUAUCUAUUGGUCAUGCUGACAACACUAAGUUAGUUACCAAUUCUCAAACAAGUUCUGGAGAAAGAUUGACCGAACAUGAAAAUAAUUUCACUCCAGCUUUGGGUCUGAUUAAUGAAAGAAGUCAAGUACAUAAAGAAGCUAAUAGCAGAGUUCAGCAAACGAAAUCAAGAAAAGAGAACUUGAAACCUACUACUGUAUCAAGUUCUUGGGGAAAAGCACGGGAGGGCUCUAGUUUUCAAGCAUAUUUGAGUUUGGUUUCAGAAACACGAGAACAACAGUCUCAUGUUGAUUUAGCGGAACCAGAAAAGAGGAGCACAGAGGACGUAUUGAUGCCUCCUCAUCCUCAAGCAAUAGCUGGAGGUCUCCUGCAUGAUGACUCAAUGACUAGGAUUUCCACUGAGGCUUCUGGUGGAACUUCAGAAAGUGGCUCUGCUACUUCAUAUCUGCAUUCAAGAGGAAGGACUAUGUUUGCACACCAUGAAUCAGAGCCAAGUAAAAGGAGUGAGACUUAUGGGGAGUCUUUAAACUUGACUACCCAUGAAGAUUCUCUGGGUUCUGCUCAACGAUUAGAGGAAUCUUCCUUGCAAUUUGUUGGGGAGUUUGUUGAGAAGGCAAGGCAUGAUGUGGUAACUUCUGGGGUCCAACAGGGUAGUAGAAUUUCUGAUUUCACUUCCACAUAUGAAGGUGAUAAGCAUGGGCCAGACCCUUCUGGUCAACAUGGCAAGGAAGAACUGAAGAUUAAAAGGCAUGACUCGAGGCAGUCAUCGAAGGGCUCUGGAGGAAAGGGACCCUCUGAUGAAAUGUGGGAUGUAAUGGACUCACCUGUUCAGGAACUGCCUGAAGCAGAAACUCAGGGGAUUUCCACAUCAGGGCAUGCUGUCAUAAAGAGAAGUGGCAGGUCCUUGUGGACCCUUAUGGGAGAUAUCAUUCGAUUACGAUGGAGUUCACGUUCUCAAACGCCUAGCUCAGCAGCUAGAUCCGCAGGAAGGACUUCACCAAAUGAGUCUGUUGGCACUGAGACAUGGUUUUCUGGUCAUGAACAGAAUGAAAACAAUGAAGAAAACCUGAGAAGGGAAAGUAGCAGCCUACCUUCUGAGGUUGUAUCUUAUCAGUUGGGACAAGGGACUCAAGGUGAAGGAGAUUUCUCUGACUCAAUGAGGUCAACUGAAAAAGUAAGACCCCUCGAAGGAAACAUUUCACCAUCUUCUAAUACAUUAGAAACUGCGCCUGCAUCAGAAGUUAUUUCUUUGACCUCACAGAAGGUAAAACAUGAUGAGAGUAGCUUUGAGGUAGCCUCUUCAGGCAAGGAGGUAGUACAGUCAUCUCUACCAUUACCAGCCGGAAGCACAAGAACACCUCUUGUUGUAGAAGAGAUUUCAAAAACUGAUAAAGUUGAUACCAAGGGAAGUGGUUCAGUAAGGGUGAUGGAACAACCUGUUGGUGCAAGAUUAGCUGAAGCAUCAGGGUCUCAAGGUAAGGAGGGGGAAUUAAAACAAAGAAAACUUCAACGGACCAAACAAGUCCCAAGAGACAGAUUUGAUGAAUGGGAAGAGGCAUAUAGACUUGAGCGCGAGCAACAAAAAAUUGAUGAAAUGUUUAUGAUAGAAGCAUUACUGGAAGCCAAGAAAGCUGCUGAUUCUUGGGAGGUGCCUGUUGGGGCAGUACUAGUGCAGCAUGGGAAGAUAAUUGCUCGUGGACGUAACUUGGUAGAGGAAUUACGGGAUUCAACUGCCCAUGCAGAAAUGAUCUGUAUACGGGAAGCUUCGAGCAUACUACAUUCAUGGAGGCUUGCGGAUACAACACUUUAUGUCACACUUGAACCAUGUCCUAUGUGUGCCGGAGCAAUACUUCAGGCAAGAAUUGACACUCUUGUGUGGGGAGCUCCCAAUAAGCUUCUAGGAGCAGAUGGUAGCUGGAUAAGACUUUUCCCCGAUGAAAGAGGAGGAAAUGGGUCAGAACAGACAGACAAGCCAGCAGCUCCAGUCCAUCCGUUCCACCCAAAUAUGGGAAUCAGACGGGGGGUAUUGGCAUCGGAAUGUGCCGACAUGAUGCAACAAUUUUUCCAGCUUAGGAGAAAGAAUAAGGGAAAGAAUACAGAGCAGCUCUCAUCAUCAUCAUCAUCUUGUCUUCCCAUAACAACAAGUCACCGAUCAAAACUCUUUACCAGGAUUCAUGAUGCCUUCCAUUUAAUGUUCUGUUUGUGAGCUACUGUAGGGAAACAGCAUACCUUCCUCUCCCCCCCCCCCCCUUUUUUAUUAGGUUCUAACGUAUUUUAAGAAUGAAAUGCAAAUUUUCUUCAAAUCAAAUUAACAGCGUGGACAGCGGGUACACUUUGCUACAUGAACAGUUGAACAUGGUAUGAGGGUUUGCAAUUAUUGACAA